GGCGAGGCGGGGCUCACACUGUACAGCUCUGGCCACCUGGAGUCUGGGACAGCAGCAGCGAUGGAGGCACCCUGAAGCCCCAUAGCAACUGGGCCCGGAGAGGUGGAAGGCGCUCACACGUGGGGAAAAUUGGGGGUCCUUUCUCCUGCACAUCCUGGAGGGAAGCCUUUUUUUCCCCACCCCCAAGCUGCACACCUGGCUAGACAGCUAGGAAUUUCAGCAGGAACAAACUUGGCACCCUUCUGGCUUCAUGAAUGUCUGACCCAGGCAGCUGCACACUGCAGAUUCACAGGGCUGGUGCAGAGAACUUUGCUGCCACGGCUGAUUUUGGAGGUAUCCUGCUAGAGCAGACCCUGGGCAGAAGCCGACCUGAUAAAAUGUCCCCCUGCCCACCCCAGCAGGGAUGGACUCGGAGUACCUUCCUCCCUUUGUACAACCCCCUGACAGGGGAGGAAGCUUGCUCACAAGGGGAAAUGGAGCUAACCUGGCAAGAGAUUCUCUCAAUCUCAGAAUUGCAGGGUCUUGAUAUGCCAACUGAGAAUUGCUAUGAUCCAGCUUUAUGUGGUCAUUCCCAACAGAUGGUACCACCUCCUGGCUAUGGGCCAUGUGCAGCGAUGGGAGAUAGUUCUGUUUCCCAUUACAAUCACCCUACGCCAGCAUAUGAGCAUUCCUACCCAGAAACUCUGCCUGCUUCUUGUACACUUUACAGCUACACCGGCAUGCUGAUCUCUUCCUCCCUUGAGCCUCCAGGACCUGCUAUGCUGGGCGGAUAUAAAGGGGUACCAGGGAUGAUGCUGGGGAGAGAGCUAACUAGUGGCUAUGGACCACAAGGAACUUGCAAGCUCCAAGAAGAUCUGGAAUCAGACUCCGGAUUAUCUCUUAACUACAGUGAUGCAGAGUCACUGGAAGCUGAGGGACUGGAGCGGGCAGAAUAUCCAUCCUUGUAUCCCUUGGACCAUACUCCAGCAUACCCUCUAUUGGCCCCUGUCCCAGAGAUGCCCUUCCCAGAUCACCACCCAGAACAUUCGUUGGAAAAAGGGCGGAGCCCACGGGGAGAAUUAGCAGGUAGCAGGGAUGAACGUCGGGCCCUAGCCAUGAAAAUCCCCUUCCCUGUUGAAAAAAUCAUCAACCUGCCGGUGGAUGACUUCAAUGAGCUGCUGUCACGCUUCCCGCUGAGUGAGCCUCAGCUGGCACUAAUCCGGGACAUCCGCCGCCGUGGCAAGAAUAAAGUAGCAGCUCAAAAUUGUCGCAAGCGCAAACUAGAGACACUGGUGCACCUGGAGCAGGAGCUGGAUGAACUGAGCCGUGAGCGACAGCGCUUGUUACAGGACCGUGGAGAGUUUAACAGGAGUCUGACAGUGACCAAGCAGAAGCUGGGAGCCCUCUACCACCAAGUCUUUUGCAUGUUGCGGGAUGAAGCUGGCAAUGCCUACUCCCCUGAGGAGUAUGUGCUGCAGCUCACUGUUGAUGGCGGUGUCUUCCUUGUUCCACGCAACAAGCAGCCAGAAAGUGCCAAUGGCUGAACUGAACAUGCUGUGGUGGAAACUGGGGGUGGUGGUGGAAUGGAGCCUGUUGACCCCCACAAAAGCAACUUUUGGGGCUUGAGACUGUUAAAGAGUUCACAUUUGAAACAGCAGGCAGUAUAGCCACCUGAAUAUCACUAUUCAUUCAAAAUGGGCUGUCUUUGAACUUAACCGCAUUCAAAUUACACAGAACUAUUUUUCAUUUUACUAGGAGGAAAACAGGGUUUGAUGAAUACAGUACCUAGAGGUACUCUCAAAGGAUUCCUAGUCCAAGCUUACACCUUCUAAAACUUAGUCCCAUCAGACCUAGCCAGUGUGGCCAAUUGUGAUGAAUGAUAAUCCCAACAGUUAUUUGGAGGACUGCUUAUUUGUAAUCUUCGACCCUUUGCUUACUUAGUUAUCGUUACAGCCAGUUGGCUUCAUCCUUGUAUAUAGUAUAUAAGGCACUUCCUAAUGAAAUGGAAUAUGCUCACAUUAUGGCUUUAAAACAUUUCCCAACCCACUGGACUACAAUGUCCACUAUCCAGAGCAAGCAUGAAGAAGCCUACUAUAAAUUAGCUAUACGUCCCUUUCUACACAGUUCCAGAAUGUUGAAUUAAAAAAUAAUUUAAAAAAUGAAAAUAGAACUCUGCUAGUUAAGGCUAUAUUGCACUGGAAAAGAAUGCUGCUUGUAUUCCAAAGUAUAGGAUCUGAGCGAGUUUCCCAUUUUCUUCAAUCUUUUGUCAUAUAUUUUCAAGCCUGUGCUGUUCCUUUUCACAGCACUUGUGAGGGCCAUUUCCAUUGUACACCAGCCAAAAAAGAAUUGGUGGCUAAGGGUUUAAAAGAUUUAUUAUUUUUAAAGGCUACAGAAAAGGCAGAUGGAAUCUGCGUAGUUCUAGGACAUUACUACAUUAUCCCAGCAAUUAGAAUAAAUGAUGCAAUCUUAGAAAUGAAGCCAAACACACACAUAAUUUCCAACACAUAUUAGUAAUCUCCAACUUCCAAGAUUAUCAAAUUGCCUUAUAUCAGGAGUCUAGUAGCAUCUUUUCAAACUAACAAAUUUUAUAAAAAGGCACAAGCUUUCAUGAGCUACAGCUUACAAAACUACAAGCUUUUUUAAAUGUUAGCCUGAAAAAGUGCUAUCAGUCUCAUUUUUGGCUAUCAUAGAUCAAUGUGGUUUGUUUCCUUCAAGUUGCCUCAGUACAUAAUAUUGGCAUUUAUUGUGAGCAGAGUGCAAUGUGAAACUUGCUGCGGAAGUUGUCCUAAUGUUCAUCCCACAAAACCCUUGUUUUUAAUUCACAUUCUGACUCCUCAGUGUUAUAAACAUGGAUGCCAAAAUAAUCAGUAAGAUGUCUCAGAAUGAUUUCAACCAAACCUAUACAUAUAGCUAGUCCCCUAGGUCUAGUUUAUAGCUUCAUAAACACAGUAGGAUCCCUGCUGCAUUUAGUAUUCUCUUCGGAUGCAGCUAAUGAUCUGAAGAGUUGUGUGUGUCCAUUGUCACAAACAGAUCACUUUCUAGUCAGCUUUACAAAUAGCUGGUUAAAAUGUGACCAGGCAUCUGAUGGAUCCCAGUAACUACGAAUUUGUACUUGCAAAGCUUUUUAUUGUCUGCUGAUGAAACUGUUUAUCAUGGCUGUUCUGUGGACAAAAAAGAC